UACCAGUUUAGUUGACUCCGAAACGUCUGUCUGGAAAUAUUUCGUAACAGAUUUUAAUUCACUGCUAGCUUCAAAAAGUGUGAAAAACAUUUUAUUAUUUUUUGGAUUGAAUUCGAGGUAAGGCCUUGGCCUGGUAGUUCAGUAUAAGAAAGACAUACAGAGAUCUUAAAAGAGGGAUUAAUCACCUUGGGUUACUGAUGCAGUAAUCUUUGAGAUUGAUCCAAUUAUCGAGCCAAAAAUAACUUUAACCUAUAGGGAAUUAAAUUUUGAGUAUCAUUUAUCAUGCAAUCACCGCCGUCAUGGGCUUCCGUAGUGGCCCAUGGUAUAAUUGGAAAGACCAAUGAUGGUGGAUCACCAGAAGUUGUUCCACCAAACACUCAUGUUACCAAUGGCAAUGGCAGCACCAAAAAUCACAGCGCCAGGAAGAAUAACAAAAAACUCAGCUCACCCAAUAACAAUCGUGGCAACAAUCGUGGCAACAAUCGUGGGAACAAUCGUACCAACAGCAACACCAAGAAUAAUAAUCACAACAACAACAACAAUAACCACAACCACAACAAUUUGGUAGUUGCCAAUCAACAAUUUAUUGAAGAGCCUAUGAAAAAGUCAACUGAGCAGCCAAAAAUGUUGCCAACUUCUCCAUCAAUUCCUAUUCAAAUUCCAACUGCUAAUGAUGGGAUCUUACAGAAUUAUCAGACCAUUGAGGGACCCACUCAUCUCAAUAGACCAGUUCGCAUUUAUCAGCCGAAACAACAGAAACCAUUGAUCCCCAAACGCAGUCGUAGGGUGCGAGCAAAGGCCCAGGCAGUCAAUUUAGAUGGAGAUCCCGAAGAGAUAUUAAAAUUGGGCAACAGUGAAUUGCCCGAAUCGGUAAGACAAUUACAGUUUCUUGGACCGCCCACGGAGUUUGGAAUGGAGUUGGAGUUGGAGCAGGCGAAGAAGAAGAAGGUGGUGGUGGUGGAGACCGAGCAAUUGUCCCCACAAACCGAUUAUAUACAGCCAGAUGGUCAUGUAAAUUCCACCAUUUACAACAAUUCGAAUCUCUUUCAAUCGAAUUUGAGUCCUAUAACCAAUUCGAAUACCACCGACAAUCCUGGCAAUCCGAAUCUUGAUGCUAAGCCACAAAUGGGCAAUUUGAUGCCAAUUUAUUAUCCCAAAAACCACAAACCAUAUGUGCCGAUGCAGAUGCCCAUGGCAAUGCCGGUGCCCUUGCAGCACUCAUCUCCAAAGCCUCAGGCAACUCAACCAAUUUUGGGAAUGAAUGAUCAUUCAUUCGGCUCAACUACUUACUCAUCGAACGGCACUAUUAGUUCCUCGGCUGAGACUAGUGGCAUAGGGAAUCAAACGGAUAAUGAGUUCUAUGAACUAUUCCAAUCUCCCGAUGUAACUGACGAACUAAACUUGGACUCCCUGAACCAAGAAUUCGAUGAACUGGAACUGGAGAUAAGAGCUGCCAUAGAAAAAGGGGUUCCAAUCAAGUGUGGAACCGAAGAUGAUGAUGCCAGUGAGGGAUGUGAACGCUUUUGUCGCUUCUCGCCACGUUUACUUGAUGAUGAUUAUUCCACUUAUAGCAAUAAUAACAAGACCUUUUGGUCAGACUAUGAGCAACCCAUACCAUAUCCACCAUUGGCUAUAUCCCGUCAAGUGUGGGAUCCCUUGGGUCCAAAUCGACGUGUCUCGGAUCCAAGCAAUUCGAUUCCUCCCCCACCGCCGGGUUUUGAGCACUGUGAGCCAUCAUAUAAUUGCCGUAGUCUAACGCCUCAUACCUCCUUUUUUGGCGGUAAACGUUCAUUGUCCACGCGAUCUCGCCAAUUGAUGGGUGAACAGGUGGCAGUUGUGCCCCAUAGUGAUUAUCCGACUCCGGUGCCGAUGAAUCCACCAGAACGCGAUCUACGAGAGCAGCAGCAUUUUAUAGCCGCAUAUGACACACAUUUGACCUGCCAAUUGGCUGAAUUGACUGUGACCAAUGGAUCAACUGGAGAUGGCUAUUAUGUUUGCCCCGUUGGUAUGGCUUUGUUGCCCAAAUUGAUGGAUUCGAUGGAUGAACCUGAAGUGAAGCCGCCAACUUGCAAUUAUUCAUAUGAUGAACUUUUGCAACGCAGCAAGAAGCCGAAGCAUCAUAGUAACGGAUCCAAUAAAUAUAUACCAUUUCAUUUGGAAUGUAAUGAAAAGAAGGAAGAACAAAACGGAGGAGGUAUAGCAGCAGCAGCAGGAGGAAAGGGGGUGGCACCCCCGAAUCCAAUUAAAAUGCCAUUAUUAUCUAUCCAGCCGGAAGGGCAGGCCCAAGAGGUGCCAAAAGUGGAUACCAUAUCGGAUGAGAAUAUUGCCUACUGGAAUCUAUUGGACACAAUUAAAAAACAAAAUGUGCAGAUGCAACUUCAGGAAUUGCAGAAAUCGAUGGAGGCUCCUCAGCCUCCCCCAAUUAUCCAUACGGAAAACGAAUUUGAUGGACACAAUGCAAUGGUAUCCCAAACAAAUCGUACCUAUUGGCAACUCUUGGAGCGCAUCAAUUAUCUUAGACAACAGAAUCAGCAGACAGAAGCCAUGUUGAAGGCCCAACAGGAAGAGAUGAAGAAAAAUCAAAGCUUCCUUUUGAACAAUGGAUCGGCUCAGAUGCAGCAGAGUUUCACUGGGAAACCCAUUGGCUUGAUGGCCGGACUAUUGCAACUAACUGGACACCACGAUAUGAUGAUGGUUAAUGGCGGUGGUUCAGUUGGUGGUGGUCAUGGUGGUGGUCAUGGUGUUGGUGUUGGUGUUGGUGGUGGCUAUCCGAUACCAAAUCCUAGCGAUAUUGGUCGACACUCCCAGAUCACUCUCGAUGACAAGCGUGUCUAUAAUGAAUCUGAGCUCUGGAAUCUAAUGAAAUGGGGCAAGGAUCAGCGCGAUACUCAAGAACCAGAUCAAGACCAAAAUGACUUCAAUAAUAAUCGGUGGUAAUUAAGUCUACCUGUAUAUUGAGCAUAUUUUGGCCACGAAUCGAAGUUCAGGAAUUUUCUUUAACGUCCUUCUUUUUUUUUAUUCGAGGUUUUCAAUGCUUUUGUUAUCUAUACAUAUAUAUACACAUACAUAUAUACACACAUCAUGGAACCCUUAUAUAUAUGUAUGAACAAAAGCAUUUAGAAUAUAUUUUUACCGUAAAACUGUAA